AUGUCUGCAGAAUCCUCGCCAUCGCGCCAGCUGAGUGAAAGCCUGGGCAAAUUCCAUAUAUCGUCGCCUAAAUUCAAGCCAUACAAAGAGAAUGACGAUUUUAGAGAUUCGCAGUUUGAUUCACAAGCUCAGAAUUUUGCAAGCGGAAAAAGCUACGUUGGGAAGCUCGGGAAUUGGUCUGUUAAUUACGGAACGGUCCAGCAGCAUGAUCACAAUAGCGAAAACGAAGAACCUCCACAAUGGAAGCAAUACAUGCAGGAGCAUGCAGAACGUCAAGAACCACAGCAAAAUGGCAUGAAGAGCUUCAAUUAUAAAGAAAACCUUGUGGUGACGUCCUCACUCAGCGAUAUAUCUCUUAUCCCAACCAACACUUUCAAGAAUCGUGGAACAAAGCCUCAAAACGUAGAUUCCGAGGGCAGUGUUGUACAAGAACGGGAGUCGGCACUUGAGACUGACGGAGAUCCAGCUAGAGAGGCCUUGGGGGUCUUCAACAAUGUUCUACGUCACCAGAGAUCGAACUUUUUCGCACAAGAGUCGGAAAGUAGGCCCGAAAGAUCCAUCUCAGAGGACUUCGAUUCAACAGGCUCAACAGGGUCCAGCUCAUCCUACGAUUCAUUCAACCCUUCACUAUCACCUAGUAUGCGUCAGCAUGGUUCAGAGCCACCCAAGUCGACCUCUAACGGAGUGCCUAGGCAGCAACAGGUUUCUCCACGCAGGCCGUUAAAACUUAUAACACCAGAAGACGCGGGAAUGGUAUUCAAUUACAAAGAAGGGGUCUGGGAUCAGCCGUCUGCCGCCGGCGAUACGUCCACAAGUGGAGCCCAUGACGAUACCUCUCAGGACAAGCUUGUGUCGUUCAAACUGCCGCGCGCCAGACCCGAACAGUCUAUGAUGGAUGAUACCCCACUCUCGACGCCCAAGGUUGAUAACCGAUUCAUGCCUCAAGUAUCAAUUACAGAUGAGCCCAACAGUAGGUCUACGUCUGGUAAAAGUACAGCCACCUUGCGAACGGCGUUUCUCACACCUGCAGAUACUACCCAUAACUUGGUGGAUAACGUCACCAGCGUUUCAGAGUUAGACACGUCUUUUCGCAUAGCGAAAGGUGCAGUCGUGUCCGCACUCGUGGACACCAUACCGCGUAAAGAAAUUUGGGAACGCAUCACAGAACUGUCAUUGAAGCAGAAACGUCUGGAUAGCUUGGUGGGUCUUUCGGAUAUGACACCACGGCUUAUGGAGCUAGACGUUUCCCACAACAAAAUAAACUCACUACAGGGAGCCCCAGCCAAACUUAUCACAUUGCGUUGCGCAUUCAACCGCAUAGGCUCAUAUUGUCAGUUAGACGAUCACCCGCAUCUGGAAGAUUUGGACAUUUCACACAACCUUCUGUCCACGGACCUGUCUAUCCUCGCCGGCUGUAUUCAUUUGCGCAACGUGAACCUUUCAAAAAACAGCAUAACAUCACUACAAGGUUUGGCAGAGUCUUGUGCAAGAAUCGAGACUCUUAAUGUAGCGCGAAAUCGUCUAAUUGGCCCAUUAGACUUUGCAGAACUCAUAUCGGUGGAGCAGAACACGUCCAAUUUUUUGUCACAUAUCCGCGAACUAGACCUUAGUGGUAACAAGAUUACAACAAUCAAGAACUUGCACUUGCUACGGAAUUUAAAGGUACUGAAAUUGGAUGGUAACCCAUUAGAAUCGCUCAAAGGCAACACGAACCGGAGCGUCCGAGUGCUUAGUCUGAUCGGGUGCUCAGCGCUGCAUUCGUUGGGAGAUUUCCCACAUCUUCGGGUCCUAAAAGUCAAUUGCGAAAGUCUACAAGAGCACCAAAUUCCAGAAUCCUUGGAACACCUCGAGAUCGUGGGUCCGUGUCCAGCAAUCCACCUAUGGGAUAAUCUACCGUUUAUGCUGCGAAGACUUCAACUGACGCGCACGCGUAUCGUGGAGCUGCCUCCGCAACUGGCAGCGCGCUGUACAGGACUUCAUACGUUAGUGGUGGCCGAAAAUGACUUGAAGAGCUUGACGGCCUUGGUGGAAAGGCUGCCGGCGAAUCUGCGGGUGCUGGACGUCCGCAACAAUCCGCUUUCGCAGUUCCAAAGCGAUGAAGAACGCAAGACCAUGACUGAGGCGAUGGCAUUGGCAAUGCCGGUACUGAAAAAGGUGUAUUUGUAA